AUAACAAGUACAUGGUUUUAUCAUCAAAUUGAGAUGGAGAGAAAUUAUUAUAAAAGAUUAAAUAUGAAAACGACUGACAAUAUUAUAACGAGUGGAUUAGGUACCAGCGUUCAAAAGUCCUUAUUAGCUGAAGAUUAA